AUGCAUGUACAAUCAGAAUACGGCAAGCGGCCGUUAGGGGAACACCCAUGUGAAGAAGAAGAAUAUUACAACAGCAGAGAUGUAUCCUUAACCAACACCAUUGGCUCUCAAUCUCCAUUACUUAUUCCAUUCCCAAUGGAAAGGAAACCACACACCCCCACACGUACAAAGCAAAUUAUCCAGUCAAACAACACCGUCAAGAACAAACAGAGGGAAUGCUGGCAAACCAUGAUAGGGUAUAAUAGGGGCAGUUCAAGUAGAGAAGCAUAUGGGACUCUGUACUCCACUCUAGCAUUCCCCAACCAGUCCUCAGUGUUCACCAAAUGUAUACCGUGGUACACACAACACACUGUAGACCUCUCCGGAAUGAGCCAGCUCCUGCAGAGAAUACAGCAAUCAAAACAAACCCCUUAA